UACAUAUAUAUAUGUAAAUAUAAAUUGUCAACGAAUCUUGAGUUAAAAAUGCCGGAAAGUUUAAAUAAUAAAUUAUUUUACAACACAGUUCUCUGUCAAUCAUUUUCUCCAUCAGGAAAACAUUUAGCUGCUGGGAAUAUUUAUGGAGAUAUUUCAAUAUAUGAUUUAUCAAAAUCAUUGACUCCAAUAACUGAAGAAAAUGAUUUACCAGGACCUUCAUAUAAAUUUACAGCACAUCCAGAGCAACAUGUACAGACAAUGUUAUCAACUGAUAAUUUUUUGGUCACCGGAGCUGCUGGAGAAAUAUCCGGGUGGGAUUGGAACGUCGUUACAUCCAGCAAAGCUUCAAAAAUAAAAGUUUCUUGGACUGUGCAGAUUCCUGCUGACAAAGACAGUUCAGAAAAAUCCGAUGUUAAUUACAUGGUUUAUUCAAAUGACAAACAUUAUUUGUAUGCUGGAUGCGGUGACAAGAAAAUUUAUGUUAUUAAUUUGGACAAUGGCAAGAUCUUGAAGGCAUUAGAAGGUCAUGAGAAUUACAUUCAUUGUCUAGCAUUAAUGAACAACCAAUUGGCGAGUGCCGGUGAAGAUGGAUCAGUCCGUCUCUGGGAUUUACGAACAUACGAGAAUACGAGUAUAUUGAAGCCGCAUUUAGUCGACAAGGUCGCGAGACCCAAGCUCGGAAAGUGGAUUGGCGCCGUAGACUUUACCGAAGACUGGCUGCUCUGCGGAGGUGGUCCGAACCUUUCACUCUGGCACCUUCGCACCAUGGAACCCGCGACUAUUUUUGACUUACCCGACCAGGGGAUUCACGAGGCUAAAAUUUUCGAGGAGCGCGUCAUUGCUGGAGGCACAAUGCCGUUUGUUUAUCACCUGAAUUAUCAAGGAGAGACACUGGCUGAGGUACCCACUUCUAGUAACACCGUCUACAGUAUCGUCUAUCAAGAAAAACCCCACAAAGUUCUCAGCAUCGCCGGUUCCAGCAACAAAAUUGACAUCUGCACCAACUUUAAUUACCGGGAAUUAGUAUUUAAGUUUGCGUGAUGUUAAUAAAGUAAUAUUUUUUAUCAA